AUGACGAAUUCCACAUCCACAAGAGUGACGUUCCUGGGCCCUUCGGCGUCCUUUUCACAUCAGGUGCGCAAGCAUGGAUUAUCCUGGAGCUAUAAUUUAUUUUACAGAGCUCCCUUCUCUGAGACAUGUAUUAAUAAGAAACAGGCAGCUUUAAACAGCUUCGGGAAAUCCGUCAAGCUAUUCCCAUCAGUAUCCUUUACCCAAGCAUUCUCCGCAGUCCAAAACGAUAGUGCCGAUUACGCCGUGAUUCCCUUUGAGAACUCGACCAAUGGUUCCGUCGUGCAAACACUAGACCUUCUGGCAGACCGCCAAAGGUUAUACAAAGACGUGACAGUGUGUGGAGAAUACUUUCUCACCGUUCAUCAUUGCUUAAUCGCCGGGAAACCAGUCACCAAGGAAGAAUACGGGUCCAUCACCAAGCUCUACACACACCCGCAGGCCUGGGGACAAUGCGACUCAUUCCUCACCAAAAACUUCACAGGCGUAGAGCGCCAAGACGUAUCUUCGACAUCCAAGGCAACCGAGAUCGUCUCCAAGGACACAACCGGCCAAACCGCAGCCAUUGCCAGCAGACUUGCCGCCGAGAACUACAACGCGUUUGUGUUGGAGGAGAAUAUCGAAGACAGGGCGGACAACACAACGCGGUUCCUCAUCCUGAGGAACAUUCAAUCUGCGCGUACGGCCAAUGCCUCGGUCAACCUCGCCGACAACGGCGUUGCUACUUCAAAAACACGAAAAACAUUGAUAUCGUUCAUGAUCGAGCAUUCCUCUCCCGGUGCUUUGGCAGAUGCUCUGUCUGUUUUUAAAUCCCAUGGAUUGAAUCUGACGAGUAUCAACUCUAGGCCGAGUAUGCUCAGGCCGUGGCAGUAUAUCUUUUUUAUUGAAUGCGAGCACGUGCCGAACAGCUCGAUCCAUAAUACUCUGGAAGAACUAAAAUCGAUAUGCAAGUCAUAUAGAGACUGGGGAACUUGGAUUGAUGGUCUACCUUUCCCUGGCACUGUUUAA